AUGGCCACUACAAGUAGUUAUGCUGAGGGUUUUCUCGAUGAUUUGGGGUGUCGCAACCAUCUAGACAAGUUUCUAGAGUUUGGUUUAACGUCGCAAGAGGAAGUGAUGUUUUUGGAUCAAGAAAUCUUGAAAGAAGUCGGGAUAACAAGCAUCGGCGACAGAAUAAAAAUUCUACAAAAGACCGAUUCAAUGCGAGCCAAGGGUCCCAAACAUGCGGACAUGAUGAAAGAAGUAUUGAAUCAUUUUUCAGCGUUAAGCGUGGGCCAAUUGAGCACGAGUGAAGAAUUGGUGACCGACAAACAUUCAGCUAUAUUCAUAUUGAAUGACGGAUCGGCCAAAAAAGUGAACGUAAACGGGUGCUUCAAUGCGGAUUCGAUUAAGAAGAAACUUAUCAAGAAACUGCCGAGAGAAUUCAUCGCGAUUACGCCCCAGGGUGAAGAAACGCGUACUUCAUCAGAUUACGACGUUUUCGUAGUAGACUACAUCAAGAACGUACUGCAUUUGCUCUACGACGUCGAACUGGUCACUAUCUGUCAUUCUAUCGACCGGGUUGAGAAGAAUCGCCUCAUAUUUGUAUCCAAGGAUCAAACUCCCAGCGACAAAGCGGUGCUCACUUCCAAAAAACUGCAUAUGAAAACGUUGAGCGUUAUCAGUCAAUUGGGCUCUUCUGCCGCGAUUAGCAACAGCACGCCAAAUUCCAGAGCUCAUUUCCGUGUCGGGAAUGUCGUAAACGCCGGCGAAACGGGCUCUGUCGCAGCAGCCGAAAACCUACGCAUCGAGAACAACAAGGGCGGACUUCGCCAAAUUUUCAGCCAAAGACCACCCAGUGAGCUUAUUUCGACAAAUCUCGCUGAAUAUUUUCCUCGGGCUGACAUGUCAAGACUUCAGAAGACCCUCAGAAACUCGGUACGCCAUUCCAUGCGUUUGAGCACUAUCAAGGGCCAUGUUCGUGUUACUACGGGUAAUAACGUAGGAGAAAUUUUGGUGAAUAAUGCCAAUGCGGUUGACGCGGCCUUGUUGGAAAGCCUGGACACCAAUCGCGGAACUGACACGAAUGCGACACGGAUGACUACCGCGGAAGAUACGCUCAACAUGUCUUCACCAUCGGAGCCAGGGCAGCAAGCGCAGCAAGCGGCGCCUCGCGUCGAGAAUAUACCCUCUGUCGAUCGCAUAGAGCUCUACAGUGUGGAAUCUAGCGAAGAAUCUGACGACGGAGACGGCGAUAUGAUAUCUUUACCUACCAAGAUUGCCACACCAAAGUCCUGGCUGAAGGGAGCCAGAAUUGGCGCAGGUAGUUUCGGAAGUGUUUAUUUAGGAAUGAAUGCCCAAACAGGAGAACUUAUGGCAGUAAAGCAGGUAGAACUGCAGCCCACUGCGAUCACAGCGGGCGUAUCGGUUCCGGAUGAGGGCAAAAGAUCCGGCAGCGGUGGUAAUAACGUUGCUGCGGCUAAAAAUUCUCAAGUGCAUAGAAAAAUGGUCGACGCUCUACAGCAUGAGAUGGGCCUGUUGAAGGAACUUCAUCACGAAAACAUUGUAACAUAUUUUGGGUCUUCUCAGGAGGGCGGUAAUUUGAACAUUUUUCUGGAAUAUGUUCCAGGAGGGUCAGUGUCAUCGAUGCUGAACAGCUAUGGUCCUUUCGAAGAGCCCUUGAUCAAAAACUUUUCAAGACAAAUACUAAUAGGAUUGGGUUACUUACACCGUAAAAACAUUAUUCACAGAGACAUCAAAGGUGCAAAUAUUCUGAUUGAUAUCAAGGGCAAAGUGAAAAUCACCGAUUUCGGAAUCUCAAAGAAGCUUUCACCAUUGAAUCAACAACAAAAUAAGAGAGCUUCAUUGCAAGGUUCUGUCUAUUGGAUGGCACCAGAAGUCGUCAAACAAGUGGUCACUACAGAAAAGGCCGACAUCUGGUCCGUCGGUUGUGUCAUUGUCGAAAUGUUCACCGGGAAACAUCCAUUCCCGGACUUUUCGCAAAUGCAAGCGAUUUUCAAGAUCGGCACCAACACAAUACCAGAACUGCCAACUUGGGCAACAGAAGAUGCAAGAGAUUUUCUGCUCAAGACCUUUGAGCUAAAUUACCAGAAAAGACCUAGUAGCAUUGAGUUGUUAAGACAUUCUUGGACAAGCAGCGGCGUUAUAUAA